AUGAAGUAUUAGGGUGUUUACUGCAUUGAAUUGAUUUCAUUUACUAAUAUUUUAGAUAUCAAGGAUAAUUAAGGAGUGAAUUAAAGGUCACUUAUCGACCCAUCUCGUGAUCUAUAAACUAAUCAAAAUUCAAUAUUAUUUUUCGAUUUUGUCUCUACAAAUGAAGAGGCUUAGGCUACAGGAUUUUCUGAUACUUUAAAAAUGGGCAAAAAGGGCUAUAUUGAUUGCCAACUUGCUCUUGAUGAUCAACUUAAGAAUAUUGAGAAGGAUCUCGUAUUUACAUAUUAAUGUGAUCGGGGAAGAUUCAUUGGAAUUAUAGACUAUUUGAUGCUAAGUAAUAUAGAAGGGGUUCAAGAAUUAUAAAUAAAUCUGAAUGAUCUUUCGGAGAUUCCACAUUUCAAAUUAAAAGUAAAAAUAUCGCUUCUUUACUCAAAUAUUCCUAAUAAUCUUGUCGAAAAGAAAGUAAUGAAUUCAACUAUUACUGAAUACCUGAUUAGUUUCAAGAAACUCCUCAUUAUUGAUGCAUAUAUUAGAGCAGAUGUUCUAAGAUCAGCACCUGAGAACGAAGUUUAAAAAAGAGAAAUUGUCUUAAAAAUUGAAAUAGGAAAAUAAGUUGUUGAAUUUAAUAUAGAAGACCCUGAAGGUCCUGAUAGGAAAAAUCCUCAAAAUGAUUUUCUAAUGUAUGUUUAUGAAGGGACAAAGCAGAUCAAAUUUACAGUGCUAGAAAAGUUUUAUACAUUAGAGAGAGACGAAGAAGCUUUCCUUUAAAGCAUCAGACAAAUAAAUACAAAGCAGACAACAUCAAUAAAUAAGUUCUUGAUUGAUGCCAAUGGUGGCAAUGGAAAUGAGGACCCAAGAGAUUUAAAUAGCUUAAUGAAAAAGAAAAAGAUCCUUAAAGGAGAACCUUUUGUGAUUGGUUAGAUGACUGUCCCAAUUGAAUAUACCAUAAUUACGGAAAAUACCUAAUUUUCAAUAGAGCAAAAGCUAAAAUUAAUAAUAGCAGAAACAAAAUUUAAUGAGGAAAGAAAAACUGAGGAAAAAAAGAAUUUAGUUGAUGUACUUGGCACUUUUACAGUAUUUCACAAUUCUUUCAUUCAAGCACCAAGAGGCAGAGUAGAGAUGGAGAUGAUAGGUUAUUCAAAGUUUUCAAAGGAUUUAAAUAUAGAGUUCCAAGAUUUGGUUUUCAAGGUCCAAAAAUAGAUUGAUGCCAAUAGAGACAGGAUUCUCUAUAUCUUUAAUGAGAAGCAAUGGCUCAACUAGUUGGAGAGACCUUAGAUUAGAUUUGAUACUUUCUACUAUGAUGAUUAGAUAAAGUUCGAUGUAUUUCACAGAAAUUCCAGUGUCAAAAGUAACAUGCUUGGAAAGGGGACUAUAUAACUUAGACACCUUUCAUUUGAAAAGGAAUCAAUAGUUUCGGUAGCUAUCUAUAAUAAGAAAGAGGAAUAAAAUUUUGGGUAUGUUUAUCUUCGAUUUGCAUACAAUCCAAGACCUUUACAUCUAUAUAAUCCAGAAUGGCAGAAUGAUAUAGAAAUUUUAAGAGAGAAAUAGAAAUACCUAUUUUUCGACUCCUACUUGAUGAAUAAAUUCAAGAAUGUUUGCCACUUUGGCUAUAUCUUUGUACAGCUCAAAUCAAUCGAUAUUCCCAAGUUAACAUAGAUCAAUAACGAUUAGAAUCAAAUGAACUAGUAAUAGAAUAGUCAGUUUUAGCAGCUGUAUCUGGUAAAGAUCAGAGAAGGAAUCCAUUAAAGCCAGAUAAUAGUAGCUGCUCCCAACAGUAUCCUAGAUAUACACCAUAAAGAGUUUUAUACUUAGACACAGUCUCUCAAUGAAAGGAUUCAAAUUGAGUUUUACUAGAUUUUGUCAGAAGAAGCAUUUAACCCUGAGGCUAAAAAUAACUUUAAAAAUCUGAGGCUAAUAAAUCAUAUACUCCUUCCACUCAAAUUUAUUCCCUUUGACUAAGACUAUGCUCUUGCAGACAACUACAACAUCCUUACAAAUCUCAAUAAGUCUGGAUAAGUAGCUUAGUUAACAUUCAAAUUCAUGUAUCAAAUGCAGGUGCCAGAAGAAAGACUCUUCCUAGAGAAUAAACCUUCUAAUUUUUAAAUAACUGGAGGCUUUCUUUUUAUCAAAAUGGUUCAAAAUGAAGACUUUGCUUUACACCAUGAGAAGGAUCUUGACAAGUACGUCUUCUCAUUGGAAGUUAUCAAUGAAACCAAAUAAUAGUCGUAUUCUAAAAGAUUAUUCUUCAGCAAGACGCUCCAGCAGAUUGGCUUUGUAGAUCUAAGAAUAGGUGAUAAAAUGAAGUUGAGGUUCCUGGUCAAUAAAAUAGGCAGUAUUUCGGAUAAAAAAGAAGCUGAGCUAAUUGAGGAAUUCUAUUACGAAUAUUAGUAAUUUGGACUACAGAGAAUAAAUAUUAUCUAAUUCGAAGAUAAAGCUUUAGUUGAACUCCUACCAUGGCAAGCGAUCAAUUUGAAAUGCAUGCUAAACUAUGAUGGAAUGCCUAAAAUUACCACUGGUAACAUGCUCACAAAUUUUCAAAGCUAGCAAUCAGGACAAGCAACUAUUGCUUAAAAGAUAACUGCUCGUUAGUCAAUGUAUGGUACGAAUUAAACUGUAGGCUAUAGAAAUACUACACUUAACCCACUCAGUCAACAAAAGAAACUGAUAUUAGAGGGGGUAAUGCUAGACUUAGAACUGAGGAAUAGCGAUUUCCAAGAAGCUUCUUAGAACAAUUAACUAGACUGCACCACUAUUGAAAUUUAGUUCAACAGAGAAAACUUGCUUGAUAUUUUACUGGUUAAAGAUUUAACUGAAAAUGCUCACUUUGAGCUUUCUAAUGCCAGUUUUGAUAAAAGAGCUCUUAAGGAUACUAAAUCCUUCUAUCUUAACGAAAUUGACUUUGAUAUUCCAUUUGUAUUCAGAGUAUUCACGCCAAGUGACGCUAUAUAAGUCAAAAUUAGAGACAUUGUUGAGGUUUAUGCUUGCAUUAAUCUAGCCGAGUAGCCUUUCAUUUAAGACUAAUAUUUUUCUUACUUUAUCUAAGUUGGCAUGAAAUAGAUGGAAGUAAGGCUUUCAAUGAAAUUUGAAGUUUAAGCAGGAGUCAAUGUUUCCGGUAAUGGACAGAUGCUAGGAGCUAAGAUUUUUAGAGAUUUAGUUUCUAAUGUUAAAGACGUUGCAGCGGUGCAAAAGGAAUCUUCUGAAUACUCUAAGAAACUAUAAGAAAUCAGUGACAAGUCUGCUGCAGAAUAAAUAAAACUUCUGAAACAGUUUAUCAAUGAUAAUGAUUUGAAAAAUAAGCGAUUGAUCACUAGGCAAUAGAAGUUAGCCAAAGACUAUGAAAAAGUGUUGAAAAAAAUUGAAGAGGGUAAGAAUGCCAAGCCCUUACCCCCAAAGCCAAAUAUUUAGCCAAGUCAGAUUAAAGAGUUUAUAGAUAUUAAUAAAAUGUUUUCUGGACUAGCAAUAUCUCAAGGUGAUCCUCCUAAGAAAAAUCCAAAAUAUGAGAACUUGAAUCUUUGUGCCUGCGGAAAUCAAAAUCCUAAAUUCAAAGGUUACUGCGGAGAUUGCUUGAGAAAGCUAAAAGACACUUUUGAUAGAUAUCUAACUAAGUUCAACAAAUUAUCAGAGGAGUAUGAUGCUUACACUGGAAUUGACUAAAGUAAAGCAGACGAGAAAAUUAGACUUAUGAAGAACAAAAUAGAAUAAUAUGAGAUCAAGCUAAGUGAUCAAGAAAUACUGAAUGUGGUGGAGAAACAUGAAUAGCUGGCUAAAAGUGAUGAAAAUAGAGCAUAUGCAGAAUUUAAGGUUACAGUAUAGUCGAUGAAACAAGAGAUUGAUAUCAUUAAAGUAAAGCAAGACAUUGAUUUGCAAGAUCUCAGGAAACAAGUAGACUACAUGGAGGUUUAGGUGGCGAAGAAAUAAGGGCAGAAGAAGGAUAUUGAAAGAGAAAAGAAAAUUCUUAAUGAUCAAGUUGAAUAGAUGUCGAAACAAAUAUCUGAGAUUGAAAAGAGAAUAGUUCUAAAAAAGAGAUAUGUUCUUAAAACCUAAAAAUUCCCAGAUGCAAUUGACAACAGUAAAAUAUGA